AGAGAGAGGGCGCAAGGCCCAAAGCAAGCGACAUGUCCCUGUGGGGAGCAGAGCCUCUGCACCCCAGAGUGAGGAGGCCGCUGGGGUCAGAGGUGGCUGCAAGGCGGGCUAGAGGAGGGCCCUGCGGAGGGGGGGUGGGCUGGUGGCCCGGGAGCAGUCAGGAAGGGAGGCCGGCUGGGGACAGGAGAACCCAGAGGCGCGAGGGGCUGCGUGGAGAGCCCGGAAGACUGCAGCCAUGCCUCACAGCUCCGACAGCAGUGACUCCAGCUUCAGCCGCUCUCCGCCCCCCAGCAAACAGGACUCAUCUGAUGAUGUGAGAAAAGUUCAGAGAAGGGAGAAAAAUCGCAUUGCUGCCCAGAAGAGCAGGCAGAGGCAGACACAGAAAGCUGACACCCUCCAUCUGGAGAGUGAAGACCUGGAGAAACAGAAUGCAGCGCUGCGGAAGGAGAUCAAACAGCUCACGGAGGAGGUGAAGUACUUCACGUCGGUGCUGAGCAGCCACGAGCCCCUGUGCUCCGUGCUGGCCCCCAGCGCGCCCUCGCCCCCCGAGGUGGUGUACAGCGCCCACGCCUUCCACCAGCCUCACGUCAGCUCCCCGCGCUUCCAGCCCUGAGCUCCCCGAGGGCGGGAGAGAGCGGAGCCCCCAGCCCCGGCUGCUCCCAGGCCUCGGGAGGGGCACGCAGACUGUGGCCAGCGGCCCUCGUCCCUCAGCGCCCUCUCUCGACCCGGAGACCCGGAGGCGGAGGCCUGGACCGGGAUGGAACACAGGACGCAGCUGCUGGACGUGUGAACGGCCUCCCGAAGCGUGGCCAACCGCCCGGCAGCGUGGGCUGGACCUUCACGUGGGUGGGAGGCCGGAUCCAGAGCUAUGUCAAGCAUAACGCCCAAGUCCCAUGGCACAGAGGGAGGAGGGGUAGGGAAGGGUUAUUUUUCUAAAUAAAUGUCUUAAAAGAAA